GCUUCAUAGAUUCUAAUACACCUUGCUGAACAAGCCUGGGAAAACCCAGCUCAGCAAUCUGGCAAGGAAAAUGCCAGUGCAUUGUGGAAUAUUAAAUCACUGCAGAUAGGAGGGAAAUUACGUCCUGUCAUAGAAACAGUGGGAGUGACCAUGAAUUUGGUAUAAAUUUGAGGAAACCUUUGCUAAAGCCAUUCAUUUUUGCUGUAACAAUGGCUACAAGCAGGAACCUAUAUGUAUUAUCAUUUGCCUUUCUUGUCAUGGUGUUGGACGUUUCACAAGCUUUUGGAAGCCAUGAUUGCUGUAUAAAAUACAACAAAAAAAAGCCUAGUUUAAAAAUGAUUGAGGACUACUAUCAACAGAAAUCCACACAAGUCUGUGAUAUAGAUGCUACAAUUUUUUUGGUUCGUACCAGUCCAUGCAUUAGCGCUACAGUCAGAGUGUGUGCAGAUCCCAGACAGAAGUGGGUCCAGAACCUGAUUAAAGCUCUGGAUCAAAGAACCCAGAAGAAAAAACAAAGGAGACUGAAGAAGCUUAAGAAGAGUUGCAUUCGUCUGAAAAAGCAACUGUAUUAACUCCUCCCUAAACUGAAAUUCAACAAGAUACAACCUCCUUAUAGGAGUAUUUGUUAGAAUUAAAUGACAGAUAUGUUAGAUAUCAAUGCAUAAAAUGGACACUAAGCAUGAAAAAGUAACCUAGCCUUCAAAAUCAUUCUGCAAAUACCUAAGUCUGUUAUACUGGAGCACGCAUUGCUCUAGUUAUAUGUGGUUGGCGGGUUUGAGUCGAGCAAGGGCAAGCUUCAUUAUUUACUUCCCCUUGGGCAUGCUGUUUGCUUAACAAAUGACUUCCUAGAUCACUGAGACUCACGUUGGGCCUCAAUUUGCGUUUAGUGGCAAAAUGGAGGUUUUGCUCAUCAUGUCAAUCAAUCACAUUCUGUUCUAGUAAAGUAGGACACAAACAAUGCAUAUGAUUGGUUGUUAUAUUGAACACAAACUUUCUGUCUUGCUGUUUUUUUUUUUUAAUAUGUAAGACAAACACCUAUAUUUUAUGGUAGAAUUAUUGUCCAUUAUUGCUCCAUUUAUGGCAUAUUCAGAGUUUAGUUUUCUGUGUUUGUAUGGGUAUUUUUAUGUGCAUCUCUCUAACUUUAAGUCAAAUGUUGUACCUUUAUGAUUUUUCCCCCACUAUCUUCAUAUUGUCAUAGCAACAUAAAGAUUUAGGUUUGACAGUUGAUACCCAACAAACCCCUUUAACUCUGAGCAUUCUCUGAUGGUACUAGAGGUAGCCUCCACACCAGGUCAUAGUUCCAAACGAGCAUCUUGUGUGAACACUUACUGGUUGGAAGGAGACACUGGUGAUUUAAAAUUCCUAUUCCCCUUGGCACUUUCAAACUCAGAGAUCUACUGGAGGACUGCAUAAUGAUAUAUUCAUGCUUGCUUACUAGCGGUACCCCAUGCUCACAAUAUGAGCACCAAUUGACUAGGAAACACUUUUUGCCUUGCUAUAAAAUAUUUUACAAUCGCCAUAUAAUGUGUGCUGUCUACAAAAAAGACAUUGGUACUGUUCAUAUGAGAAUAUGAGUUUUAAUUCAACAUAUGUUACCAGGAGGACAUGUAAAAGCAACAC